UCACGCUGCUGACGGCUUCCGCUUUUUAAACUAGUCCUGGUGUAUGUCUUCCGAAUACUGCUGCCUCCACCGCCUCCCUGCGCCAUGUGCACUUUCGGGUCUCCUCACAUGCUGCCAGGUCCCAUACUGAUUCAUGGCCCCUGCCUCUGUAUGGCCUUCAAUUUAAGCUGCUUACGCUUCGCCACUCUGCCAUGGGCCCCUGUACUGCCUCCUCUUGCUGCUGCCAGGUCCAGAGUGUGUCAUGGGUCCCUGUACGGCCUCCCAUUGCUGCUGACUUCAUCGCCAGACUCUGCCAUGUGCCACUUUCAGGUCUCCUUACACUGUUGGUGGGUUCCAUUUUUU